AUGCCCGAAACCAGUGGAAGUUCCACUGGGAAGGCCUUCUUACAAAAAGCGCGGGGAAAAUUGCUUGGUUGGUUACGACGUUCAUUGCGAACGUUUCACCAGACCGACGGAAAUGGUUCGGAAGCGGGCCCGGAAUUGGACGAGGAAAUGGAAAAAGUGUUUGCCAUGGGUUCUGGAAGGAAAUUCGAUGUAUCUCGUUUAGGAUCACCUUCUGAAUCAGUUGGCUCUGAUCGUGACCGCGAUCGGGGUCCUCCACCGCGAUAUGGUGAUGACAUCUUUGAUCAACACCGCAAAAGAAGUUACCCUCAUCCGCACAUGCCUUUAAAAAGUCUACAUUCCAAGUCGAUGCGAAGGCACUUAUCACCAGAAGGAUCAAUAGAAUGCGAAAACGAAGACGAAAACGUAAAUGAGAAUGGGCAAGUAGAAUCCACUGAUCAACAAUCAGAUACCAUAGACAAUGGUGUUGCCACUACACGAUCAAAUGAUGUACAUUCACCGUCAGAUGAGCAAGAAAAUACACUCAGCAGUGAGUCUGAAGCACUAACUUCUGAAAGAGCAGCUUCGAUUAUCACUGAUGGUACCGGAAUCGGUAGUCCUCGAGUCCAAUUCGAAAAAAUUCAAGAAGAAGAUGUUUUGUCAUCCUUAGAAGGACCGCUUAGUGAUGAAGAACGAAAAUCGCGAAGACAUCACAGUAAACACCACGAUUACAAAAGACACCACCAUAAAUCCAGAAAAUAUUCCCUUCAAGAAGAUCCACAAUGGCGCAAAAGAUCAGGAGCAGGUCUUCCAGACAACGUAGGGCUGUUGGGCAGAAGAGUAAGUGUGCAACCAGAAGAAGCGAGCACUCUGCAAGAACUCGAUAUAGAUGAUCUCGAAUCUCAUCGAAGCGAUGAUCCCCGUGGCAUGAGAAGACAUAAGGCUUCAUACCCAACAAUACAAAUAGGCCGGAAAAAAGAAGGCGGGAUUCCUCAUGAAACUUUUAAAAAAAUGUACGAUCAUUCACCGCAUGAAGUUUUUGUUCAACUGGAUGAACUUCAUGGAGUGGGUGAAGAACGUGAGUGGAGAGAAACAGCUCGUUGGAUUAAGUAUGAAGAAGAUGUUGAAGAAGGAGCAGACAGAUGGGGAAGACCUCAUGUUGCAUCUUUGAGUUUUCAUUCAUUGCUCAAUCUUCGUCGAUGCUUAGAGACUGGCGUUGUUUUGUUAGACUUAGAAGAAAAAGAUGUACCUGGUAUGGCUUACAGAGUUGUUGAACAGAUGGUUAUUGAUGAGCUUAUUCUGCCUGAAGACCGUCCAGUUGUUAUGAGAGCUCUGCUACUUCGUCAUCGACAUGUUAAUGAACAUGAAAGAGGUUUUCGUUUUGGUGGAAAACGAAACUAUUCUAGUUAUACCAGCCUCCAGAAUUUGAACGAUUCAAAGCCAAAAAUCGUGCCAUCAAGCCAACCUCAAGACAACAAUCACACAACGGUUGACAUAAAAGAAGAAAUGACGUAUACAAGCAGCAACGAAGAUUUGAAAAAAUCUCACAAUAACGACUACAUCUUCAAGCGUAUACCAACAGGAGCAGAAGCAACAGUUGUUUUGGUUGGUGCUGUUGAUUUUUUGGAUCAACCUACCAUUGCUUUUGUCCGACUGGCAGAAGGUGUCUUCAUGCCAUCAAUAACAGAAGUUGCAAUCCCAGUGCGUUUUGUCUUCACGCUACUCGGUCCUCGUAAUACCGAUCUAGAUUAUCAUGAAAUAGGACGAUCAAUAUCAACACUAAUGGCCAACAAACCAUUCCACCAAGUAGCAUACAAAGCUAAAGAACGACGUGAACUUCUUUCAGCUAUAAAUGAAUUUUUGGACGAUUCAAUUGUAUUGCCACCAGGUGAUUGGGAACGUCAAGCAUUGUUACCAUUUGAUGAGCUUAAAGCUAAGAGCAUAGCAAUUAGAAAACGAAAAGCUUCAGCACUUGCAAAAACUGCUCCUAUGACUCAAGGUGAAGCUGCAAUAAAAAAAGCUAUUCUUGCUGGGGAAGAUGGUAAGCGGCCACCUGAUGACGAUCCUCUUCGUCGAACACGUCGUCCUUUUGGAGGACUUAUAAACGACAUUAAACGAAGAUAUCCAUUUUACUUGUCUGAUUUUACAGAUGGGUUAAAUAGUUCGUGUAUAGCUGCAGCUAUUUUCAUGUACUUUGCUGCCCUAUGUGCAGCCAUUACUUUUGGGGGUUUGAUAAGUGACAAAACAAAAAAUGUUAUUGGGAUUUCAGAGACUCUUGUUUCUUGCUCAUGGACAGGAGUUAUAAUGGCUCUUUUUGCAACACAACCUCUUGUGAUAAUUGGUACAACUGGACCUUUGUUGCUCUUUGACGAGAGUCUGUAUAAUUUUUGUUUAGCAUAUGAUCUCGAAUUUCUGACAAUGCGACUUUAUAUCGGCAUGUGGUUAGGUAUAAUAGCUUUGGCAAUAGCCUCCAUCGAAGGGUCCGUUUUAGUAAGACUCUUCACUCGUUUUACGGAAGAAAUUUUCACUGGACUCAUUUCACUACUCUAUAUCGUCGAAACUUUCAUAAAGAUUUAUAAUUAUUUCAAAAAAAAUCCCUUGCUACCAGAGUACUGCUACAAUCCGAAUGACAACAGUUCUUACUAUUCGACUAAUCUAACCAACCCGAAAGAAUAUUUGAGGCUAAAUAAUGAAACAGAAAUAAAUUCUUCCGCAAUAAGUUUAUCAUUUCUACCAAGUUUUAAUCCUUCCGGUUUGUUGAUAAAUCAACCAAAUACAGCUCUGAUGUGUACUAUUUUGUGUUUUGGAACAUUUUUAGGAGCGUAUUACCUCCGUAUUUUCCGCAACAGCCAUUAUUUGGGCCGUAGUGCCCGAAGAGCAUUUGGAGACUUUGGAGUUCCAAUCAGUAUAAUUAUUUUUGUGUUGAUAGAUUACCUCUCUGAAGUAAAAACAGAAAAACUUCUUGUCCCUGAAGGUUUGAGUCCUACAAUGCAGGGAAGAAAUUGGAUUGUAUCGCCAUCGGGUAUCACCAAAUCAAUUUCUGUCUGGAUGGCAUUUGCUUGCGCAGUUCCAGCUUUACUCGUCUAUAUUCUUAUUUUUAUGGAAACACAAAUAUCAGAACUUAUAAUUGAUAAAAAAGAACGUAAAUUACGAAAGGGAAAUGGUUAUCACAUGGAUAUUGUUGUAGUGUGUUUAAUGAAUGUUGGAUGUGGAUUAAUGGGUGCACCUUGGUGCUCAGCGGCGUCAGUACGUUCUUUGACCCAUGUAUCAGCAGUUACGGUCAUGUCGCGCACUCACGCACCAGGGGACAAACCUUAUAUUGUCGAGGUGAAGGAACAAAGAGUUAGCGCGCUUCUUGUCGCUCUUUUGGUAGGAACUAGUGUUUUUAUGGCUCCCCUGCUGCGCCGAGUACCCAUGGCUGUCCUUCUUGGAGUCUUCUUUUACAUGGGUAUAUCAUCAACCAAUGGAGUACAAUUAUUCGAUCGUGUUAAAUUGUUCUUCAUGCCUGUUAAGCAUCAUGGAACUGCUAAUUAUGUGAGACGAGUUCAAACUUACAAAAUGCAUCUAUUUACAUUGGUUCAAAUAUUAUGUUUGGCUGUACUAUGGAUUGUCAAAAGUACACCAGCAGCUCUCGCACUUCCCUUUUUUCUUAUUCUUAUGAUACCUUUACGAUCACAAAUGACGCGAUUCUUUACAGCUGCUGAGCUCCGGGCGCUUGAUAGUAAAGGCCCUGAUAAUGAGACUGUUGAGGAUGAACUUGAUUUCUAUGAAGAAGCACCACUUCCUGGUUAG